AAAGCCAUGAUGAAGAAAGAACUUCUGACUCUCUUUUUCCUUCCAGUUUGUUUGUCUGUCCCUCUGAGCCGCUCAACCAACUGGCUCAGACAAUGCCGCGCCUCUACCAACUUCUCCCUCACAGCACUGGAGGUGCUGCCAGGUGGAGGCUGGGACAAUCUCCGGAACAUGGAUAUGGGUCGGGUCAUGAAUCUCAGCUACUUCCAGUGCCAGACCACCGAGGAUGGGCUCUACCUCAUCCCAGAUGAGGUGUUUGUCAUCCCCAACAAGGAGACGGGCGUGGAGACCAACUCAGAGAUCAUCAGUACUUGGCUGGAUCAGAAAAGCUCCACAUCUCAAACCAUAAAUGCUGACUUAUCUUUUCUCUCGGUGCUGAAUUCUAAGUUUUCUUUUGAGAACACAAGGAUGAAAACUCAUCAAGUGAAAGACUCUUCAACUACAACAAGGGUGCAGGUUCGUAACUUCAUCUACACAGUCAAGGCGUACCCAGACUUCACUCUGGAUUCACGCUUUGCUCAGCAAGUCAAAGAUAUAGCUGAUGCAGUGGAAAAUAACCAGACGAGGAAUGCUGCCUAUCUUUCAGAGAAGAUGGUGCUGGACUAUGGAACUCAUGUUAUAACUAGUGUUGAUGCUGGGGCUUCGUUGGUGCAGGAAGACUACCUUCGUGCUUCGUAUAUUUCGGACAGUGCGUCUGACACUUCCACUGUCAAAGCACAAGCUGGGCUUAACUUUUUUGAUAAACUCAAGUUUGACAUAAGUAGUCAAAACACCCAACAGAGUUCAUCGCUUCAAACGUAUCAGUCUAACAUUCAGUACUCCCUUAUACAAAGCCAUGGAGGUGUACCUUUCUAUCCUGGCAUCACUUUGCAAAAGUGGCAGGAAAGUACUAGAAAUAAUCUGGUUGCUAUUGACCGCUCAGGAUUUCCCCUCCACUACUUUAUAAACACCAAUUCUUUUCCGGAUCUGCCGCAACCUACAGUUGGUAAAGUGGCUGUUACAGUGAGUCAGGCCAUAGAGCGCUACUACAAGGUCAACACCCGCCCUGGCUGUGUUGAUGUCAGCUCUCAGAACUUUAAUUUCCAAGCCAAUGUUGAUGAUAAUUCGUGUGAGGGCCCUGCCACUAAUCUUAGUUUUGGGGGUGUCUACCAAAAGUGUGAAAAACUCAGCCGUGAUGCAGAUCCAAUCUGUGCUGAACUGAGCCAGAAGAACCUUGAUACAGGAGACUUCUCCUGCCGUCCACCCUAUACUCCAACUUUACUGCGAUCAGAAGUGAGGCAGCAGGGUUACACAACUUAUGACUGUUAUGAGGAAAGUUAUUCCUGCUAUGUGUUUUUUACUUGCCACAGACAACAGUGUCAGCAUAACUAUCACAUUCGCUCUGCUCGCAUUGAUACCUACUGGUGUUCUGUGAAUGGAAAAGCCCCCGACAACUCAGGAUAUCUGUUUGGAGGCAUUUACAGCCCCUCCUCCCUGAACCCCAUCACCAGAGCCAAAAGCUGCCCCCCAAACUUCAUUCCAGUGAAAUUUCUCUCAGAUGGCCAAAUGAUCUGUAUAAGUAAUGACUAUGAGGCCGGCACCAGAUACUCGGUACCAUUAGGAGGCCUCUUUAGCUGUCAGUCAAACAACCCACUGGCUGAUCAACAACGCAGGUGCCCCCCCAAGUUCAGUCAGCACCUUGCCACCGUCAGCGACGGCUGUGAAAUCCUUUACUGUGUCCAGUCUGGAAUUUUCACAGGUGGGCAGCUGCUUCCAAUCCAUCUGCCUCCUUUCACUAAACGUCCACUAGUCAGCAUGCAAGCUACCAACACAGUGAUUGUGAUGACUGAGGGAGACAGGAACUGGGUCAGAAUCGGGCAGACUAAAGCAUGGAAACUUGCCAAACCAGAAGAAAUCAAGGAAAUUGUUCGAAAGCUUAACCCUGAUUUAAAUUCGAUGUCUAGUGGGGAAAAGGCAGGGGUUGCAUUUGGGGUGAUGGGUUUGAUUCUGCUGGGUAUUGUAGUAGUUAUCAUUGUGAAGAAGAGGAGGAGGGUGUCUGGGUUUAGGACAAGUAGAGGCUAUGAAGAAUUAUGUGAAGAGGUUGAGAGGGAGACAGAACAAGCCGAGGCCUGAAAAACAACGUAGUUUAGAGGCUUGAAAUCUGAAAACAAGAUGUGAGAGAUUUUGGUUUUAACUUCCUUGUUGGUGUCAGAAGUCCUGUUUCUUAAAAUAGAACAAUUUUACAUGUAAAAAGGCUUCAGUUGUGAAUUAUUACAUGCAUUAUUAGUAUGACAAACUAUGCAUUAUGUACUCAGAAAUAUUUGACAAUAUCUAGUGGUUUGUUAAACGAGGGACAGAUGACGUUACACCCAGUCUGCCUUUAAAACAAAGUGCACUUUGUAGAAGUGAUUUUCAAACUAAAGUGAAUCUGUACUGCCCUCAUGAGAACAAGCUGCGCAGUGCUAUGCAAUAUAUGUUUUUUAAUUACUUUGUAUGGUUUGAACUCUGUAUUGAUUACAAUUUAUAAAACUUUACAUUACAAUGUUUCAGUAGAUAAUAUUUGGGUAUUUGUUUUUAUAUGUUUUAUAUUUUAUAUGUGAAUAAAAUUAAUUAGAUUAAGAAUCUGUUAUUUGAUCAUACUUUAUUUUUUUCCUACUAUCAAAUUACAUUAUGUUUGUAAGUGUACUUUAGUUAUUUGAAUAAUGUAAAAUAAGAGAUAAAUGUUUUCUUCAAGCAGCUGA